CACACAGACACACCGCUCAGAAACUUAAAAACACUCUUCUUCACUCUUUUAUCAUUUUAUUUUAUCUUCUUUGUUUUUUUCAAAGGAAAGAAAAAAAGAAGCAGCUGCUACAGUACAGCAGCCAUGGCAGCUCAUACUAUCAUUGCAGCAUCUCCAUCAUAUCACGCUCUUCUUUCUCCAGCUUCAAGUCCUAAUCUCACCCAUUCGUUAUUCCAUGGUAACUCAGUCCUCAAACUCUCUCGUCAAUCCGUUGCUCUAUCUCUCUCAUCCGCCGCUAAGAAAUCACUUACCGUUGUGGCUGCGACUAAGAAAGCUGUCGCUGUUCUUAAAGGCAAUUCUAAUGUUGAAGGCGUUGUUACUUUGACUCAAGGAGAUGAUGGCCCCACAACUGUGAAUGUUCGAAUCACCGGUCUUACUCCAGGACUUCAUGGGUUCCACCUACAUGAGUAUGGUGACACAACAAAUGGAUGCAUGUCAACAGGGGCACAUUUCAAUCCUAAGGGCUUGACACAUGGUAGUCCUGAAGAUGAAAUCCGCCAUGCGGGCGACCUGGGAAACAUAGUAGCUAAUGCUGAUGGUGUAGCAGAAGCUACAAUUGUGGAUAGCCAGAUACCGCUGAGUGGUCCUAAUGCAGUAAUUGGAAGAGCGCUUGUUGUCCACGAGCUUGAGGAUGACCUUGGAAAAGGUGGACAUGAACUUAGUUUGACCACUGGCAACGCAGGUGGAAGAUUGGCAUGUGUUGCUGCAGUUCCCAAAAAACGCACUUCUUUAUCAAAAAAGCGUAUUCGUAAAAAUAUUUGGAAAAGGAAGGGUUACGGGGCAGCAAAGAAAGCCUUUUCAUUAGCGAAAUCUCUUUAUAGUGGUAAAUCAAAAAGUUUUUUGUGCGAGAAUUUGAAAAAGGAGUAGAUUUAUUAUUAGCUCAUUAUUGGAGUCCAAAUUGGUGGAAGUGUUGAGGGUCCGAGGCUCCAGGAAAAACUAUUCAACUGGCUUUGGACGUUAAAUGAAGUUUGGGUUUUGGGAGGAGAUAGAAAAACUUGAGAGUUUAGACAUCCAAUGUUUUGAUAGAGAAAGACUUCAAGAAUGGGAUUGUUUAUUCAUGUAUUACAGAGGGAGAUAUCUACACAGCUUUUCGUUCUUUGGUAGGAUGAUGAACAUCUUAUUGUCUUCCUUGUUGCUUCAAUUAGAGUAGUUGUCUGAGCGUCUCAGAGGAGCUUCUUGAACCAACUGAAUGUUUUUAUACGGUUGUUUUGCUUGAACUUGAUAAGACCACAAAUUUGGCAUACUUUUUAAUCAGUUUUAAAUGUGUUUGUUCAAUUUAGUAUCAAUGAUAACAUAUGACCUUCUAUGGAA